GCAAACUUCAAAUUUAUUUGGUGUUCGGGUGCAGCCGGGCGGAUCCACCAGAGCUUUGCCCAAGGUGCCAAGCUGCUGCCUGAGGCUGAAAUUAACCCCACCAUAACAUUUUGAGGGUCCCGCUCCCCUCAUGCUCAGGUCGGGUAGCCAUCGCAAACUGAGGUCCCCCUACUUCUGUACAAAUUCGAGAACCACCACCGACUUCGCACACCCGAGCACCUCCACGCCGCUUUCCGUCUUACGAAUCUCUUAGACCUUUCCGCGACAAAUCAGUAAAGAUGGCCGACUUCCAGGGAAUUGCGAAGCAGUUCGUCGAUCACUACUACUCCACCUUCGACGCAAACCGCGCGCAGUUGGCCGGUCUCUACAGGGACAACUCGAUGCUCACUUUUGAGAGCGCUCAGUCGCUCGGCACUAACGCCAUCGCCGAGAAGCUCACGAGCCUCCCCUUUCAGAAGGUUAUACACAAAAUCAGCACUCUGGAUGCGCAGCCUACCGCUACCGGCGGCAUCAUUAUCCUCGUGACCGGCCAGCUUCUCGUCGAUGACGGGGAACACCCCCUCUCUUACACGCAGACUUUCCACCUCACCCAGGAUCCCGCCGGCGCGUGGUUCGUUUUCAACGACCUCUUCAAGUUGAUUAUGGGUUAAGCGGGUCAACCAUCUUGCGACGACUCCUCGUGACGAGCUGAGGCUCAUGAUGGAACGCCUACAUGAUUAGAUGGGCUAUUGAGCCUGGGUCGGGCGAGGAUGCCGGAAGACGGGAACCGCGGCGCUUCGUCCUCGCUUCUGGUGUCGUCGAAGCGACAAAGUGUUUUGGCUGGCGCGAGUAGAACGAUCUACGGCAACGGAAGUCCUUGGUGGCUUUAGCUUGGGUUAAUACCAGAUGGAGUUCUGAACCACAGUCCGGCCUGAUCAGCCGGGUCCGAUAUGGCCGGUGCGAUGUGUUGUUGAUUCGUUGACUCGUUGCCUUUGAGCGUCUGCGGUUGCGGCGUCUGCUGCCGCGUCAUUGUCUCUCGUUAGUCUGCAGAUCCUCCCCUCCUCCCCAAUAGGUGUCUUCUCUUUUGAGACAGCAGAGUGGUCUGGCUAGCCAUUGCCCAGCUUGGUAUCUUCGAUCGUUGAUGCGUGACGCG